AUGCCGUUGUCGUAUAGUGGCAGUACAUCGCGUUGUGGCCGCGCUAGCCCAGGUUCGAUUCCUGGCAACGGCAAUGUAGUGCCAAAAUGCAUCUCGCAAUACGUAACUACCAAUACACUUGUAGUUGUAACAGUAAAGGUUGGAGUUGGGUAUAAUCAAAAAAUAGAUGUCGAGGUAACUGAUAAUAGCGAUGCGAAUAACAAAUAUGGUCACAAACGGGAUAUCAACGAAGAAACUCGUUUGGCUUUUACAACACAUGCUAAUGCGGAUAUAUCAGUUUGCUUUACAAAUACAUUGGAUGAAGAGUUCCAACCCAAUCCGCAAUAUCAUCGUAUGAUUGACCUGGAUAUAGACAUAGGAGCAGAAGCUAUAGAUCCUAAUCAAUUCGAAAAACUGAAACCUAUGGAAGCCGAACUUCGAAAAUUGGAACAAGUGGUGCAAGAAAUCGUAGACGAAAUGGAUUAUCUACGGCAACGAGAAGCUAGAAUGAGAGAUACAAAUGAAUCUACAAAUGAACGUGUCAAGUGGUUCAGUCUUGGCACCAUGUUUGUGCUUGUUUGUUUAG